AUGAGAUCUGCUACUUUGGAAUUAGUUAUUCACAGCAGCUUUGUCACCACUGAGACACCAAUAAGCUUCAAGAAAAUGUUUGCUGUGCAUUUAUUAGCUUUUUAUUUUACAAAACUAAAAGAAGAUCAAAUCAAAAAGGUUGACAGGUUCCUUUACCACAUGCAUCUUUCUGAUGAUGUAUUACUUGACGUGAUGACGCGCUUCCAAGCAGAGAUGGUGAAGGGCCUGGAAAGAGAUGCACACCCAACAGCUGCCGUAAAAAUGCUGCCAACAUUUGUACGGUCGAUUCCUGAUGGGUCCGAAAAGGGGGAUUUUCUUGCUCUAGAUCUUGGUGGCUCCAAGUUUCGAGUCUUAAAAGUGAAAGUGUCUGAAGAUGGGAAGCAGAAUGUUCAAAUGGAGAGCCAGUUCUACCCAACCCCAAAGGAGAUCACACAUGGGAAUGGAACAGAACUGUUCGAUUAUGUCGCUGACUGUCUGGCAGAUUUCAUGGAGACCAAAAACAUAAAACAUAAGAAAUUCCCUCUUGGGUUUACAUUUUCUUUUCCUUGCAUACAGACUAAAUUAGACGAGGGUGUGCUACUUUCCUGGACAAAGUACUUUAAGGUACGAGGAGUGCAGGAGACAGAUGUGAUCAGCUCUCUGCGCCAUGUCCUCAGGAAGCAUAAGGAUGUGGAUGUAGAUGUUUUAGCACUGGUAAAUGAUACAGUGGGAACAAUGAUGACCUGUGGAUAUGAUGAUCAGCGCUGUGAAGUUGGCGUCAUAAUAGGAACUGGCACGAAUGCCUGCUACAUGGAAGAAAUGAGUAACAUUGAUCUGGUGGAAGGUGAUGAGGGGAGGAUGUGCAUUAACACUGAGUGGGGAGCCUUUGGAGACGAUGGGUCACUGGAUGAUCUCAGGACUGAGUUUGACAGGGAGAUUGACUUGGGAUCUAUCAAUCCUGGAAAACAACUGUUUGAGAAGAUGAUUAGUGGAUUGUAUUUAGGAGAACUUGUAAGACUCAUUCUUCUAAAAAUGGCAAAGAAAGGCCUGCUCUUCAAUGGCAAGAUAUCAACAGCUCUCCGUACUAAGGACAAGAUUGAGACAAAACAUGUAGCUGCUAUGGAAAAACAUAAAAAAGGUCUCCAAAACACUAAGGAGAUACUGAUGGAACUGGGCCUGACUCCUUCUGAAGAAGAUUGCAUUGCUGUUCAGCAUGUCUGCACCAUCGUUUCAUUUCGCUCCGCAAAUCUCUGUGCUGCUGCCUUAGCAGCAAUACUGACCCGUCUGAGAGAAAAUAAAAAACUUAUACGACUGAGAACUACUGUUGGAAUAGAUGGAACUCUGUAUAAAACACACCCUCAAUAUCCUAAACGCCUGCAUAAGGUUGUGAGAAGGCUGGUCCCAAACUGUGAUGUCCGAUUUCUUCUCUCUGAAAGUGGCAGUGCGAAGGGAGCAGCCAUGGUAACUGCAGUUGCGUGCAGACUGGUAUCUCAGCGCAAACAAAUUGAUGAGAUUCUAGCAUCAUUUGAACUUUCCAAGGAGAAUCUUAUAGAAGUGAAAAAUAAAAUGAGGGAAGAAUUGGAAUAUGGACUGAAGAAAGAAACACAUGCGACUGCCACAGUGAAAAUGUUACCAACUUAUGUUUGUGGGACACCAGAUGGAACAGAAAAAGGAAAAUUCCUUGCACUUGAUCUUGGGGGAACAAAUUUCAGAGUUCUGCUUGUGAAAAUUAGAAGUGGGAGAAGAAAAUCUGUGAGAAUGUACAAUAAAAUCUUUGCCAUUCCUUUGGAAAUUAUGCAAGGAACAGGGGAAGAGCUCUUUGAUCACAUUGUCCAGUGCAUAGCAGAUUUUUUGGAGUACAUGGGAAUAAAAGGUGCACGUCUCCCUUUGGGCUUCACAUUCUCUUUCCCCUGCAGGCAAGCUAGCAUUGAUAAGGGAGCACUUGUGGAGUGGACAAAAGGUUUCAAGGCAACAGACUGUGAAGGAGAGGAUGUUGUUGAUAUGCUAAGAGAGGCCAUUAAACGCAGAAAUGAGUUUGACUUGGAUAUUGUAGCAGUGGUAAAUGACACUGUUGGGACAAUGAUGACAUGUGGCUAUGAGGAUCCAAACUGUGAAAUUGGCUUUAUUGCAGGAACAGGCAGCAACGUGUGCUACAUGGAAGAGAUGAAGAAUAUUGAAAUUGUGGAAGGGACUGAAGGGAAAAUGUGCAUUAACACGGAAUGGGGAGGAUUUGGUGACAAUGGGUGCAUUGAUAGUAUCAGAACAAAAUAUGAUAAAGAAGUGGAUGAGGGUUCAUUAAAUCCUGGGAAACAGAGGUAUGAAAAAAUGACCAGUGGAAUGUAUUUGGGUGAAAUAGUGAGGCAAAUUUUGAUUGACUUAACCAAACAUGGACUUCUGUUCAGAGGUCAGAUUUCGGAAUCGCUCAGGACAAGAGGAAUAUUUGAAACAAAAUUCCUGUCUCAUAUUGAAAGUGACCGGCUAGCCCUUCUCCAGGUUAGAAGAAUUCUGCAGCAGCUUGGAUUGGACAGCACUUGUGAUGACAGCAUUAUCGUAAAGGAGGUGUGUGGUGCUGUUUCAAAGAGAGCAGCCCAGCUAUGUGGAGCAGGACUAGCUGCUAUCGUAGAGAAGAAGAGAGAAAACAGAAAUCUAGAGCACUUGAAAAUCACUGUUGGAGUGGAUGGAACUUUAUACAAACUACACCCGCAUUUUUCUGGGAUUUUACGGGAAACAGUGAAAGAAAUGGCACCUCAGUGUGAUGUGACUUUCAUGCUGUCUGAAGAUGGAAGUGGAAAGGGAGCUGCCCUAAUUACUGCUGUGGCAAAAAGAUUGCAUAAUGUUGGAGAAAAUUAA